AUGUCUUAUUAUGAUAUUGAUGAUAUUAUAGCUGAUUCACAAAAGAUACCUUGUCAGUUUAAUAUUACGGUUCCUGGUUUAGGUUAUUUAGAAGGUAAUCCUGGUAAAUCAAUUAAACAAAAUACUAAAAUUGAAUUACCGUUUUGGUUGGCUGAAAUUUUAGCUAUUUCAACCAUUUUGAAUAAUGAUGAAAGUUUUAUUAACCUAAUUGAUCCUGAUUUUAUAUCUACAAAAAUUAUAAAUGCUAUUAAAUCAGAUUCAAAUUCUAUUGAUUUACAUAAGAUUAUAUCUCAUUAUUAUGUUUCAAUAGAGAAAUGGUGUAAAUUAUUUAAUGACGUUGAAUUGAUUGAAAAUUCAAUGCAUUUAUUAAAACAACGAAGCUUUGAAAUUAAUAAUUUUGCAAACAAUGUAAAUAAAAGUGUAGGUAGUGAUUUUAUUUAUACUUUAGAUGAAUUUGAAAAGAAGUUAUAUAAAGAUUCAUGCGAGAGUAAUAAAUUAAUGAAAAAAUGGUUAAAAUAA